GAAAGGAUAAUAUGGUUACUAAGCAUAUCAUAAUUUCGGCAGUCUUUGCCUUCUUUACUAUAAGUGCCCAACGAAUAAGAUUGGAUAGACAUAACUUACCAAUGCACGAAAUAGGACGUGAAGCUAACGUCCGAGCAGCGAAAAGUAACUUUGAAUCAUUCAGAUUGCCAAAUACGUCAGUGCCAAUUCAUUACGAUCUAUUUCUGGAUACAAAUGUUAAUCUAAAUGACCCCACAUUCAUCGGCAACGUACAAAUUCAGUUAACUAUACUAGAAAAUACAAGCCAAAUAGUGCUACAUAGCUCUCACAACUCAAUCAAUAAUGUUCAACUGUUCAACUCAAAUCAAUUACAACUUGCAUUGGUGAACACUGAACCGGUUAUUGAAAGAGAGUUUCUUGUUAUCAAUUCGAAGACAACGCUAGCCGCGGGAUCAAACUAUCGACUAGUGAUAGAUUUUUCAGGCAAAUUGCGAGAUGAUUUGCUUGGUUUCUACCGUUCAUCAUACGUUGAUAGUGCUGGCUCAAGGCAGUACAUUGCCGUUACUCAGUUCGAACCAAGUUACGCACGAAGUGCCUUUCCAUGCUAUGAUGAACCAGGCUACAGGUCUACAUUUUCCAUUAGUAUCAGCUGUGGAACGAACUACAAAGCAACAUCCAAUAUGCCUAUCGUGGGAAUAACGAUCCAGCCAAACCAAAAGAAACUAACUCGUUUCCAUAUGACACCGCGGAUGCCAACCUAUCUGGUAGCUUUUAUGAUAACCGACUUCGUCAAUAAGAGGGUUGUCCUGAAAGAACCAACGAAGCUUACGAUGGAGAUAUUAGCGCGAUCGACUGCAUCCAGUCAACUAGAACUAGGCCUACAAAAAGGUGUAGACGCCAUACGAGCAAUAGAGCGAUACUGCAAUCAAACUUAUGGCUUGCCGAAGUUAGAUCAAGUGGCCGUACCAGAUUUUUUCUUCGGUGCCAUGGAAAACUGGGGUUUAGUUAAGUAUGCCGAACAGUACCUAUUAUUCGACGAAGAAACCUCAAGCAAUCAGGACAAAGAAAAUGUCAUCAUUACCAUCGUUCAUGAGUUGGUGCAUCAGUUUUUCGGGAACCUUGUAACUCCCAAAUGGUGGACUGAUAUCUUCCUUAGCGAAGGAUUUGCUACCUUGUAUGAGUAUUACAUUGGUGCUGAUGUUGAAUCCAGUAUUCGCUUCAAGGAAUUAUUUGUCGUCGAAGCACUACAGACGGCAUUUUAUGUUGAUAGCUUGGGGUCCAGCAGACCUUUGUCGUACUUCGUAGAGACCAAUGCAAUAUCUUUGUUCGAUAUAAUUGCAUAUCAGAAAGGUGGAAGCAUUUUCCGCAUGAUGAAUCACGCGUUGGGGGAGCAAACUUUCCAAAAAGGUAUUAGGCGAUAUCUGGAAAUGAAUCAAAAUAGCGCUGUAGAUGUGUAUGAUUUAUUCGAAAGUCUCCAAUCUGUUGCAAAAGACGUGAUACCACCUACAACGACGGUUGAAGCAAUCAUGAGCCCUUGGAUUUUUCAAUCUGGGUAUCCUGUAGUAUCAGUUCAACGUGUUGCAGACAGUGAUGCACUUAUUUUUAAACAAGAACAUUUCGCUAGAGAUCCAACGGCCCUGCGUACAUGGUGGAUUCCAGUCAGUUAUCGCUUGAGUAGCCAAGGUGAUAGAGAUGACACAGAAACAGUUUUUUGGAUGCCACAAGGUGUUUCCCAACUUUCUAUUGAAUUAUACACUCCCCCCGAAUCAUACCUUCUGGUUAACCCACAUCAGACCGGUUUUUACCGGGUAAACUAUGACACUGAGCUAUGGCAAAGGUUGAUCAAACAAUUAAAUGUUGAUCACACCGUGAUUCCCCCAGUUUCCAGAGCACAACUCAUCGAUGAUUCGAUCAAACUUGUUCAGGCUGGAAAGCUGGAUACUGCAACAAGUUUCGAACUUAUCAAAUAUCUUCAGCACGAGACGGAUUAUAUACCUUGGUACACCGCUUUUGCUUCUGACAACAUACAGUACAUAAACAAUGGGCUGGUAGUUGACCAACAGGCAUACAGAGCACUGCAGAAAUUUCUUAGCUCAUUGACAAACAAUCUACUUCAACGGGUUGGCUUUGCCGAAGUAUCAAACGAGCCCCACGAACAUCAGCGACUGAGAGCUAUGGCUAUUGAGUGGAAUUGUCGUAUGGGGGCCGCUAUUUGUCGUGCUGCUGCACAUCAGCUAAUGACAGCUGAACUCGAAGGAAUCCAACGUCUUCCCUCAUAUAUAAGACACAGUAUCUAUUGCGGAGGACUUAUGGAUGCUACCGUUGAGGAAUUUGUUGCCGUAUUUCGUACCUUCCAGGCUGCGAGCGAUCUAACUGAAAGAUCAAUGUACAUCUCUGCGCUUGGUUGCAAUGAGAAUAGCGAUUUUUUGUUCGAUUAUUUGACAGUAACGUUGGAUGGUGGACAAGACAUCAGACUACGAACCGGAGAAUGGUUGAAAAUCUUUAAAUCGGUAUACUCUAGGAACACCGUUGGAUACCAAACUUUUUUGCGCUGGCUGCAGUCAUAUGCAGAAAAUAUUCUGCAAAGAUUUGGAAAUAACCAAGAGUUUUUACUGAUCUUGGCUGACAUAUCAUCGAGGGAAGAUGAGCUAAACCAAUUCAAUGAGCUCAUCGAUCUCCUACAAAAUUUCAACCCCUGGCAUAGUCAACAACUUAUACUUGACCGAAUUGGUUCGAUAGCAGUAGAUUACCAGUCAUGCCGUGAUUACUUACCAGAUAAUAGCCACCUUCCAACUAGAUAAGAUAUUUUCAAACCAUGUAAUAAAUUCAAUUUAUGAACCUAUAAAAUGAACACA